UGGAGUACAGUACAGUACAGUACAGUACAAGCUUGAAGCUUUACUUCUUAAUGGUUUUGCCCCUUGUCAUCAUCAUCAUCGCCGUCAUCAAGUAAUUGAGCAAAAUCCCUUUCUUGUUCUGUUGGUGGUUGGUUGUAUCAAUCAAUCAAAUGAUCAGUGGGGCUGCGUCCGUCCCCUCCGUGAUGUGAGUCCAGAAGGAGGAAAUGGAGAGGAAGCGCUCCUCAUCUUCACCGUCACAACCACCCCCACCAUGCCAACGAUCCCCCCACAACUACUCCUUCGACCUCAGAAGAAACCCUGCCCACUCCCCCCACUCCCACUUGACCCCUUAUUACUCUAAUUACUCUCAUCAUCAGGUAAAUUUGGGGAAGCCUGUGUACAGGCCAAGAUUCCAGAGGGCGGAGAAGUCGAGCCGGAAACCCAGAAGUGAAGAAGAUUAUUCAGCUGAUCAUAAUGAUGAUUCCCCCUCUGAAAGGGCUUCAAAGAAUUCAUCAAGGAAGGCGCUCCUAUAUGAGCUGUGCGCCGCUUACAAGUGGAAGCCUCCAUUGUUUGACUGCCACAGAGAGGAAGGCCCAAGCCACCUGAAACAGUUCAUAUUCAAGGCGGUUGUGGAAAUUAGAGGAAACGCGGCUACAGUCGUGGAGGCCUUCAGUGAACCUAGAUCGAGUAAGAAAUCAGCAGCAGAGCAUGCAGCCGAAGGGGCUCUGUGGUACCUUAAACAUCUUGGCUAUGUUCCCAAGAAAAAAUGAGGAAGGGAUAAGACGGGUUCAUCUUAUUCACGUUUUGGUUUUGGUCACCAAACAUGUACAUGAAGAAGGUACCUGAGUUUCUGAUGGUAGCUCACAUGAAAUGCAUAACAUCAAAAUUCCUUCUCCCUAUUCUCUCUGGGUUUUCAGUGAAGAUGUAGGGGUAACUCUAUUGUAAAUAACCAUUGGGCGCUGAUGAAGUGCAUCAGGAAAUAAGAUGAGUUUCUCGUUUGAUUAUUAGAAAUAAUGCGAGUUCCUCAUGUGAAAAGUUCCUUUCAUUUGGGGUGAACUUGAGUUAUUUGAUCAAAGGUGGAAAGAUGCUCUUGUAUGUUGCCAACUCUCUGUAACAGAAUUAUGGUUCUUCUGUUUGGGAGUUAAUUUGUUGCAGUUCAGUUCUUUAUGUACCUAUGAAACAUUAGUUAAGAACA